AUGGCGACUAAGAGUGACAGGAAACGCAAAGCGAGCGAAAAACCGGCACACGAAAGCUCUGCUUUUUAUCAUUUGGUUGUAACUCUUCUAGGUUUGAGUUUCGGUUACCUGCACAGUUUGCACGUAUCCACGCUGUUCGAGAAUGACCGGCACUUCUCUCAUCUCUCGGAAAUCGAACGUGAAAUGUCCUUCAGGACCGAGAUGGGAAUGUACUAUUCCUAUUACAAAACUAUCGCCGAGUCGAACAAUUUCUUCGAGGGCAUGGAGAAGCUCAGCCACGACAAUCUGUCCGAGUAUGGGAACGUUAUCGACGCUACCAGAAAGUACAGCCUUUUGCCUGAGAUUGUGAUAGGUUUCUUGUAUCACGUGGUGAAAAAUCUCGGCAUCGUAUCUCAGGAGCAAUGUUGGGUGAUAGAGAGAGGAGACGGACUGCCGCAUGUGACCAGCUGCGAGGGCCUUGGCGUGCCUGUGUAUUUCUACUUGGAGAUAGUGUGGUUCACCACGAUGUUCACCGGGGCGAUGCUUUUUUAUUAUGGAACUUACCUGAGCGACUCCAUCUAUGGCGGACUCGUGACAAUCCUGUUCUUCUUCUUCAACCACACUGAAUGCACCCGUGUGCAAUGGACACCGCCGUUGCGAGAGACCUUCGCGUAUCCUAUGCUGCUCUUCGAAAUGUACAGCGUUACCUUGGCGAUUAAAAAAUACGCGAAACACGAAUCCGACAAAGAGCCGUCUUGGUUGAAGAAUAGGACUAGACAAGGAUUAUUCGUGGAUAUAUUCGGCUCGACAAUCUGCAGCUUGUGCACGUGGCAAUUCUCGCACUUCGUGUUCGCCACGCAGAUUAUAGCGCUGCUGAUACUCAAGUGGUUGAGGAUCGUCCCGUACGAUUUCUACAAGAACUUCUGCAUGACUCACGCGUUAGCUAUCGCGGCAGCUACCAACAUAACGAACGGCACUCUCCUAGUGUCUUCGCUCUACAUGUGCCUCUUGAUCAGUAGCAACGCGGCCAGUCUGAUCAUGAAGCUGUCCCGAUUCCAGAACACCAAACGCGAGAUCAUUCUCGAGAUUGCGAUGACGAUCAUUUUCACCAAAUGGAUCAAGUCCUAUGUCCUGUAUUCUCAGGACGACGCCCACGUGUUCAACAUACUGAAGUCAAAGUUGACGGACUACAGGGACUUCCACACGAUGCUCUACACUUGCUCGGCGGAAUUCGAUUUUUUGCAGUACAAGACGUACGAGGCAAUUGUCAAGACUUUACUGUUACCAACGGCGAUACUCGCCGGGAUGCUUGCGUUCUACUACUGGUACAGAAGCUUCAAGACAGGUGAUUAUCCGCGCUGCAUAGAGGCCGAUAUGGCGUAUAACGGCUUGCAGACCGGCGCAUUCAUCGUCAUGGCGGUUUUCAUUAUGAGACUGAAACUCUUUAUGACGCCGCAUCUCUGCAUAAUCGCCGGCGCGGUCUGUAGCAAACGGUAUCUCGAAAAAGUCGGCUUGAAGAGCGAGCUGAUGCGAGCCGCAGUCAUUUUCCUUCUGGUGAGCGGCAUGUCGUAUCACGGUGUCGAGAGAUUCAAACAGGAGCGUGGAUUUAUAGGCGAAUACAGCAACAUUGAGCAAGAGGAAUUAUUCGAGUGGAUAAAAACUAAUACACCAAAGCACGCUGUAUUCGCGGGGAAAAUGUCGUUGAUGGCGAAUCUCAUGUUGUCCACCAAAAGACCGAUCAUUAAUAAUCCUUACUACGAGAGCAAAGAGAUGAGAGACAGAACUAUGAGGGUUUACGAGAUCUUCAGUCGGAAAGACGCUGCUUCCGUGUACACCUCUCUAAGAAACAUGAAGGUCGGUUACGUCGUAUUGGAGGAACCUCUGUGCCUUGGAUUCGCGAAUUUGCCACGUGGAUGUCAAAUGAUCGAUUUAUGGGACGUGACGGAUAAUGGAACGUCGAAAGCCGCAAACAAGCCGCCGCUGUGUCCCCUUCUGUUCCAAGGGAACGCGUAUCCGUUCAAAAGAGCGUUUAUUAACAGCAACUACGUCGUGUUGCAGCUGGACUACUCACACUACGUAGAGUUCAAGCCAAAGACUUCCAUGCCACUGCAUUAUCAGUUCUAAAUAGAUGUUGCCCUCGAACAAUGCGGUAUAUACCUUGUGAGACUGUAAAAAAAAAAAGAACUUAUUUUUCUUAAAACAAAAGAGAACUAUGUAUAUGCAGAAAUCUAUAUAUAUACAUAUAUGUAUACAUAUAUAUUUUUUAAUACAGAGAUUCGCACGCGAGCGAGUUCAAUGUUGACGCCGCGCGAUCUCAGCAAAGUCUAUCCGUAGAUAUUGUAUAUAUUAUAAACUGUGAAGGGGCAUUUAGGUAUUUUAAGACACGCACAAUGUUCCCGGCAUUACACAACAACGCCAAUAUAUUGUUUAAUCCGUGAAGAGAGCCUUUCUCUGUCUCUAGAAUUUGCAGCUCUUCAUCUUAAUAUUCGCAGAAUAAUUUCCAAAUGCAGCUUGUAUAUCGCUAUCGUACAGCAGCUGUCGAUGAAACAUGAAAGUUUCGUACAUUAACACACAUAGCUAUGUAAUUCGCUAAAUGCCGUGAUAAUGGAAACGACAUGCCAUUUUUAGUCGACACAGAUAAGAAUGCACAUGAUAGCGUAAUGCCUCGUUUCACAACACGUGAUGUACACAUUUGUGAUAAUUUUCUUAUACUUAAGACGCGUUUGUCGAUAAUGCGCCUUCGACGAAACGAACAAUUCGUAGACACAUACACAAUUGUUAUACAAACCCAAUCAUCGUGUUCAUGCAUCCCGCUGUAGAGAGAGAAAAGACGAAGAAGCGCAAAGGCAUCUGUGCCAACGGUCAAUAUCGCUACCUAUUUAUAUGUACGAAUCUAUUCCCUCGCAUUUCAAUGAAUUUCUCAUUUCACCGACUAACGGCACUCUCGCAGCGCACGCAUACCGGACAAUAAAUCCUCGCUGUGUCGCGUCGAAGUUACGCUCGUUAGAUCGCACCUGUCUACUUAAUCGUACCGUAUGUGACCAUAUAUAAAUGUUAUCAUAAUUUUUUAAAAUAAAGACAUUCUCAACAUA